GUCGAACAGACCAGACGGUAAAAUCAUCUAUUUGUCUUCCCCUGUUUUGAUAUCUUUGGGUCAUGAAUUGGUUAUUCAUUGUAGUAUCCUCAAGAGUUCUGAUUUCAUAUCGAUCCACUGCAGAAUUGAAAGUUUCAUUGCUUCAAAUCAGAACGAGAUCCGGCCAAAACUAAGUACAUGUACAGGAAACCCAGAAUCGCUACCGCACACAGCGCAAAUAUCGUAUUAAGGACGCCUUCGAUAGCGCACCCCGCCGAGGAUCGUUCGCAGAUGAGCCAGGCAUGAUAACAUCUGUGACCUAUAAUAUCUGUUAGCAGAGCUAGUGGAGUCGUAAUUAGUCAGAGGACUUGCAAUCUGGUCGAGCAUUAUCGCACUGCAACGCUAUAUCAGUAUAAGUUUCAUCAAUUUUAUGUAAUCUUACACUUAUCUUCCGCCGCUGACAGGUUAAACAACCGCUAUGCAGAUUGCGGCCUCAUGGCCGCCGGUACUAUCCGAGGUGAUCAAAUAUACCCACCAGGCGUGCUCCGACUGAAGGACAUUAUGAAUUGCUUCCCAUUCGAAGAUCCGGUAGUUGUCAUCAACGUAACUGGGCAAGCUAUCCUCGAAGCUCUCGAGAACUCCGUAAGCAAAUUCCCCGCGCUCGAGGGUCGCUUUCCACAAGUCUCCAACAUUGAAUUCGAGUUUCAUCCCGAAAAGCCAGAGGGGUCCCGCAUUAUAAGCUGUGAAGUUGCAGGCGGGCCGCUAGACAAGGACCGUGUGUAUAAGCUGGCGACAAGGGGCUAUAUGGCGCGCGGAAAGGAUGGGUAUGAUUCGCUACUCAUCGAAGCUGAGGGUGGUAAGGCAGUCGAAAUUGUGUCCGAGGAGAACGGUGUCCUGAUAUCGACACUGCUGCGACAGUACUUCAUGUCGUUGAAAGUGCUCGGGAAAUGGAAGAUGUGGGGGCCAAGUAUGGGUCGACAUUGGCAUUUGCAGGCCAAACACCCCCAUAUGGAGCCCCAGUCGCCGACGGACGAUGUUCUGGGAGCGUUCGAGUCGUUCGAGGCGGAACGCACGAAUCGAAGUCAAGUGACUGGGGAGACGGAUGGCGUUGAUGCGGACAGCGAGGAUGAGACCGCGACCACCAAACCGAUUUCGACGCAGUCGAGUCGGCAGGAACGAGAGCUGGAGGUUAUGAGACGAGUCAUGCGGAAAUGGUGGCGGCUGGCCGGGAUGACAGAGGA